AUGGAGGGAAGCCUCAUAUCGAGCGAAGAGCAGCUCUUGUGGCAAGGCGAGAAGCUGCUCGUGCUGCUGCGGGGACCUCCUGGCUGCGGGAAAUCCACCUUUGCCCGGAGGUGGCUCGCCAGAGCGCUGAAGACAAGCACGUCGGAGCUCGAGGAACGGCCUGCCUGGCGACUCGCACACGUUUGCAGCUCCGAUGACUUCUGCACGUCACGAGAGGACGGCGACGAGGUCUAUGAGUUCGGUGCGCUCUCCGCAAGGACAGCACAUGCGCUGAAUGAGCAGCGUGUGGACAUCGCGCUGCGCUUGGGGACGACGCCCAUCAUCGUCGACAACACCCACAUGGAGCUGUGGGAGAUGCAGAGCUACGUUUCCUUGGCCCUCAGCUGCCGUUACACCGUGCGGGUGGUGGAGCCGGCCGCCUUCAAUCCUGACUGGAAGGACGUGGUCCACCUGAUGCAUCGCAAUGCCCAGCGGGCUCAAUCCGGAAAGAAUGUUCCGGUGGAGGUGCUCAAGAAAAUGUUGGGCCGAUUCCAGCCCUUUUCUGGUGAUCUUCGAACUAUCGCCGGAGCUCCACGGCCGGAGCUUUCGGAGACCCAGGAACUCCGGAUUGACUCCACGGACGGCUGCAGCUAUACACUGCAGGAUUUCGUAGACGAGUACGGUGGCUCCGAGGAGGAUCCUCCGAGGGAGUGGUUCGAAGCUGCGCGGGCGCCGAGAGGGAUCAAGGCCCGGCGGCCAGAGAGCCGUAGCUCGGGAAGCUCCUCCUCCUCCUCCUCCUCCUCGAGCUGCUCUUGCGAAAAGAGGAAAAGGAGGAGGACUCAGAGCAACUCGCCUUGCAAGCUGGUUCUGGAAGCUCUUUGGGAUGAACCGACACUUUCCUCCUGGGAAGAGCGGCGUGCAAAACUGAUGGAACGCUACCAAGUGGAGGUCGAGGAGGAUGAGAUGCUGUUCAUCGUCUCUGCCGAUCACAGCCAUCCGCUUUGGUCCAGUGAGGAAGCUCAAGUACUGCGUGAGAACCGCGGCACCGUCUACGAGAAGUCCUCUGGAAAACCUCUCUGCCUGCCAUUUUACAAGUUUUGGAACAGGGGAGAGCGCCUCGCCGAGCAGAUCGACUGGGAGGAUGGAGCCGUUGCAGAGGAGAAGAUCGACGGCAACCUUCUGAAGCUCUUCUUCUUCCAAGGCACUUGGCGUUUGGCGAGCAACCGGACCUUGAAGGUUCAUGAGUCCAACGAGAAGUACGCCUGCACAGGAAGGACGAACUACCAGCUCUUUGCUGAAGCCGCGGCGAACAGCUCGCUGGAUUACAGUCGCCUAGAUCCAGGCUGCUGCUACAUGUUCGAGCGCGUCCAUCCGGAUUUUAGGAUCGUGCUGGACUACCCUCAAGCCAUGCUGUAUCACAUUGGCACCAGAGACAUGAGAACAUUGAAGGAGAUCGAUGUGGACAUCGGAGUUCCCCGACCGAAGCGGUGGGAGAUACGAAGUGCCAAAGAGUGCCAAGCCUUGCUCGACUCCUUCCAUGGAUUUUCCGAGGGGCUGGUCGUGAGAGAUGCCAAGUACCGGCGGCAGAAGUGGAAAAGACGAGAGUACUUGCUGAUGCACUCCGCUCGAUACCUCGUUGGGGAUGACCAGCCCUGCUAUGCUUGGGUCGCGAGGAGCAGUGCAGCCGGAACUAUGGACACGGACCGAUUGUGCCUGAAUGUUUGGUUGAGGUCCGAGUCCUCCGAGUUUGCGGCGUACUUCCCUGAGGCCAUGGAGCGCUACAACCUGGUGCAAAGGCUCUUGGAGGAAGAAGGACUCUGUGAGGGCCUCGGCGACGUGCGCCGAGAGCGCGAGCCUGCAAGCGGGCGCUUCCUUCGCGAAGCGACGCUUUGGGAACGCCUCAAAGCCGCACUCCCGCAGACUGCAAAAAGGCCGUCCUGA